AUGAGCUACAGUCCGCUGCUCGGCGCUGAUCGGCGAGCUGGAGAACCCAGCUCCGGCCUUGCAUCGUCCACCUCGAUCCGCGACACGCUUUCAGGCGCUCUCAACUCUACAAAGGCCUAUCUGCAACCGUUUACGCCCGCUUCUCCCUAUCUCGGCUCGAACGGUGUCAACGGCCACAAUGAGCCUAGCCGUCUGCUUUCCGACGUUGCGCCUCAACUCAUGACGACCCGCAUGAUGGCGGCGGUCACCAAUUCUAACACCGCCCUCGGCCUUACACCCGAUGGUCAGCGCCGAGCACGUCUGCUGCUCACCCCCGGUUUCUCCAUCACCAGCCCCGCUCGUUCCCUUGUUCGUAUCGGCGGCUCGCUCAUCCAGUCUGGGAUUGGACGAGGGCCCAUGAACGGCAUCACAUCCAACGAACUUUUCGUACUCGAGGAAAGUGAUCGCAUCCUUGCAACAGCAGCGCGCGAUCUCGAUUUGGAAGCUAACGCUGAUGCGCAGCUUGGUGCUAGGAGCGCUAUCGAGGCGUCCAAGUCGAAAGCAGCAGAACCCAGCGUCUCGCUCCUUCGAGGUUUCCAAGCGACAAUACCCAGCUCCACCGAAGGACGCCAACGUCGCAGACGUGUUCGUGCCCUCGCUAGUGGCUUCGAAGAUGGUCCCGAAGGUCCCACUAAACUUGGCCUCAAGGCGAUGGGCGAUAAAGCGCGCGGUCUCAUGGUAGAAGGCGUCGAUGCAGAGCCUGUUUCGGCCUUCCAGGCACGUGAGCAGCGUCAUGCACGCAGAAAUCAAGCCAGUCGUAUCCUUUCCAGAGCUAAAGAGGGUAGCCGCUCGUCCGCCAUCCAACUAGAAGAGCUCGAAAGGCAGCUGCGAGAGAUCGAACGCGAGCAAGGCGACGUUGGCGUCAGGCGCUCGCUCAUCGAUUCCGAGAUGGCCGCCGUGGAUGACAAGAUCAAAGUGCUCGAAAACAUCAAGGCUGGUCUGCACAAAAAAUUGCUCGGUCUGCGCGAAGAGGAGCUCGAGCUGAACGACGAGCACGAGGGAGUGGGCGAGCUCCUGGCGGUUCAAAAACAUCUGCGCGCCAUGCCAGGCGGUCCGGCUGCUGCCGCCAACGCUGCCGCCUCGGGAGGCGCUACCACCAGCCAGGGCAGCAGUCGUCGGCGCAAAGGUCCUCUGUUCAUGCCUUCCGAACACGACGAGCUGCCAUCCGGCGUAGCUUUCAUGACGCUCGCUGACCACUCGGCUCCCAUCACCUCGCUCGACUUUACAGAGCCGUACGGAACCUUGGUGUCGGCAUCGCUCGACGAGACGGUGCGAGUGUGGGACUUGGCAUCUGGCGAAGAGGUCGGAAGAUUGCGUGGCCACGUGGGCACGGUCAAGUGCCUGCAGGUCGAAGACGAGGUGUGCAUCACCGGCGGCUCCGACCACUCGAUCCGCAUCUGGGACCUCACCAAGGUGGAAAACUUUGAGGCCAGACUCACCAUGACAGCUUCCGGUGAACUUCGAGCACGCAGAAGAUCACCUGACCUCAACCGCAGCCCUCCACCCGUCGCAGACGAGAGCAUGGACAGCAUCAAGAUCCGCGACGGCGAUACGACUGCAGGAGACGGCGAUGAGGAGGAGGUACGCGACGAGUUUGACCCCUGCGUCAAGAGGCUGGAAGGACACAGCAAAUCGGUGACGUCGCUCUACUUUGACGACAAUUGCUUGGUCACAGGUGCCUCGGACAAGACGCUGCGACAAUGGGAUCUUAACACCGGUCAGUGUGUGCUCACCAUGGACAUUCUGUGGGCCAUUUCCAACCCGACAUCGUCGCAAGCCAUUUCACAGUCCGAAUUUGGGUUUCCCGAGUCGCCAUCACGCAAAGCAUCAUCGUCUUCCAUCCUGGGCGCGACUCGUCCGGACCUGUCGUCGCGCGAUUCGUUCUCGGUGCUCAAUAACCUCUCGGGUGCCUUUUCCUACCCUACCCCACCCUACGCAGAUGGCAGUUGGGAGAUGUACCAGGACUUUGUCGGUGGCGUUCAGUUUUGGGGCUAUGCACUCGCCAGUGGUUCCGGAGAUGGAGGUGUACGCAUGUGGGAUAUGCGGACUGGUCAAGCGCACCGUACACUUCUCGGCCAUACGGCACCCGUCACAUGCCUGCAGUUUGACGAACAUCAUAUCAUUUCGGGCAGCUUGGACAAGUCGAUACGCAUCUGGGAUCUGCGUAUGGGCAGCAUCUCAGACACCGUCCGGUACGAGCACCCGGUCACAGCCCUCCAAUUUGACUCUCGCAAGAUCCUCGCGGCAACCGGCGAGAAUGGCGUCAAGUUGUUCAACCGUACCACGCUACAACACGGUUCGCUGACGCUCAAUGGCCAUACAUCGCCCGUCGAACGGCUCAGGUAUAUGGAUCGGUACGCUGUUUCAGGUGGCAAGGACUGUGUUGUCAAGAUUUGGGCUCUCUAG